AAAGAAAAAAAGCCCAUUUACCUCAAGAACUUCAAACUCUGGAGCAAUCUGCAGCAAGCUCCCUCUCUUUCGUUUUUUUGCUGUUCAAUGCGUCUCUCUUGUUUUACUUCCCUGCAAAACUCCAAAAGAGAGCGUUACAACCAUUUCUUGGAUUCUUUGAAUUCGUAUCUCAUAUCCCAGCUUUAAUUAAGCUCUCUUGUUGAAGUUUUUGAUUUUCUUUUUUCUUGAAGGGCUGUAGUGUGAACACAAAUCAGCAAAAUUUGCCACUUGGGAUUUGGAUUCUGUGAAUUCUUCCCCCUCAACUACUUUCCUUCUUUGCUAGGGUAGUAUAUAAAAGCCCUUCUGUAUAGCUAAUUCUUUGCUGGCCAAUGCAAUUUCUCAUCAGUCCCUUCUCAGCUUUUGCUCAAUUAGGUUGGCGGUGCAGGUGGGCUGUUUUUGGCAGUUGGGAUGAAUAGUGUUUUCACUGAAGAGAUACUUGCCGAGAAGCUUUCAAAGCUCAACAGCUCUCAGCAAUGUAUCGAAACGUUGUCACAUUGGUGCAUUUUCCACCGCACUAAAGCAGAGCAGGUUGUUUCGACAUGGGAUAAACAAUUUCAUAGUUCAGACAUGACUCACAAAGUUCCUCUUCUGUAUCUUGCAAAUGAUAUCCUACAGAAUAGCAAGCGCAAUGGAAAUGAAUUUGUUACUGGAUUUUGGAAUGUUCUCCCUUCGGCACUCAAAGACAUUUUUGAGAAAGGUGAUGAUCAUGGGAAAAGUGUUGUCUCCCGAUUGGUUAAUAUAUGGGAAGAAAGGAGAGUUUUUGGCUCUCAUGCAAAAAGCCUGAAAGAUGUAAUGCUUGGAGAAGAGUCACCACUACCCUUGGAGUUUGGGAGGAAACGUUCUCGUUCUGUCAGAAUAGUUAAGAGGGAUUCACGAACUGUAAAAACGAAAUUGACUGUCGGAGGCACAGCAGAAAAGAUCGUCACAGCAAUUCACUUGGUGCUCAGUGAACAAAGCAGUGAAAGUGAAGAGAUGAACAGAUGUAUGUCUGUGGUCCAUCGUGUGAGCAAAAUGGAAAGGGAUAUCGAUGUGGCCCUUUCAAACGCACAAGAUCCAAAGCGCAAAACUUUGGCCAAAGAACUGGAAGAAGAAGAAAAAUUAUUAAAACAGUCUAUUGAUAAACUUAAAGUUGUUGAAGCAAAUAGAAUGGCUCUUGUAUCUCAGUUACGAGAAGCACUACAUGAACAGGAAUCUGAGCUAGAGAAUGUUCGUACUCAGAUACAGGUCGCUCAAGCACAGCAAGAGUUGGCCAGCAACAGGAGGAAGCAUUUAGAAGAUGAAACCUAUGUAGUAGAUUCAAGAUCUUCUGUUACUUCUGCAUCAUCAAUUGAUGUAACUGCACAAACUGGGCAAACAACCAAGAAAACGACUGCAGCAAUUGCUGCUGAGGUUGCGGACAUGCUUGCAGCUUCAAGCUCCUCACAAUAUAUUAUGAGUUCUGUUCUUUCUACAUUUGCAGCUGAGCAGGAGAAGAAUGCUGGUUUGACAAAGUCAUCAACUGCAUCCACUCCUUACCCUGCACUGCCGAAUAAUGCAACCAAAAAUUCAGAGAUAAAAGCAGAGGGAACGAUGCUAGAUCCAAUUGUUUUCCUGCCAGGAAAGCAACUCAAUCCUUCACAAAAUAACCUUUAUAAGAUACCACCAGCAACCAUACAGGCUCAGAUCACCAACUCUCAGGCUCAAUACCAUUUACUUUCUACUCCACCUUCACAGCAAUAUAUACAACCGUCAGGUGGAACUUUGAGUUCAUACGCCUAUGGUAGCUUUCCACCUUUGCCUCCUGGUCCACCCCCACCACCACCACCCCCGGCAUACAUGAUGAGCCCGAUGACCCCCUUGACUCAGCAGCAAUUACAAGUAAAUCAGCAACAACCUCUGACAAUGAGCCACCAGCCAUCACCAUUAAAUCAGCAGCACACCGUUCCAUUACCCCCUCCACCACCAGGCCCUAGUUUCCGACCAGUAGCUCCUAUGCAGCAGCCUACUGGGAUGGUAUAUUAUGCUCAUCCGCAUCACACACAGUGAAAUAUGUUCAUUUGCAGUGGCAGGAAAGUAGCAUCUUGAGGUGGAUAGAUUGUAAGCGGACCAAUGAAGUUUUGCGAAUUUAAUUGGUUUUGUUGUGCUGAUACAUAGAUAGGACUAAAGGAUAAAUAUGCAGGUAGAUCGACAGAAGAGCAACUGGUAGUGCAGGCCUUAAAUAGCUGUUUCUUUUCUCAUCUUGAAACCUAGUUCCAAACUAGAACCAUAGGGAGAUUGCACCGGCUCCAUCAGCUGUUGUUUGUCAUUAGUGUUUGUCUUGUUGCCCCAACUCCUACCUUUGUUUUCAAAUUUAUAAUACCUUGUAAAAUUAUGUCUGAAGGGGUACAUUUUUGCAUUUGUAAUUCAAAUCUCGGACGUUUUAGCUC